ACAGUGUGAUGUCACAAUUUUCUGAGGCUCCUCUGAUGUUGAUGGAGAGAUCAGCUACAAGCCUGUUUGGUGUGAAGAGGAGUGGAGUCCACAUCAAUGGCUACACUGUCAGUGACGGGGGGGAAGUCAGCAUGUGGCUGGCACGUCGCUCCCCUACUAAGCAGACGUACCCUGGACUACUGGACCAUGUGGCAGCAGGUGGUCUGGCUGCUGGGCUUGACAUCAAACAAACUGUGGUCAAAGAAUGUGAGGAGGAAGCAUGUAUCCCAGCAGCCAUUGCCGAAAAGGCUCGUCCUGUUAGUACAGUAAGGUAAGCUUGAUAUUUCUUCCAUUAACUUAAAAUGAUAAAAAAUCUUAUGAUCUAUUAUCAGUCAAAC